AUGGGCAUAGUUCUGUCCAGAGUGAGUAACAGUUGCAGAAAGGUGUCGAGAGAGCCUGCCAACACAUGCCCAAAAGUGAGCAGCAUCUGUAACAGUACAGACAGUGACUACUCCUCCAUCACUCCUAUCCGAACCAAAGUGUGUGAGCCAGAGGAGCUGCUGGUUCCUGCCCUUCCAGAGAAGACUCGUGUAGAGCGAGGCUAUGUCACCCCCCAGCAGGUUUACAACCUGCUGAACGCAGAGGCAGGCCAGCCAGCCCUGCACGACCCUUACUAUAUUCUCAUACUGGACUGCCGCAGUGCAGAGAGGUACAAGCAGAGCCACCUGGUGACAGCUCGGGCCAGCGUGACAGUGAUCCACCCAGAGCUGGGCUGUCUGAUCAGCUGUGUGCAGCUGCAGGAGUUUUCUAUAAUUCUGCUCUAUGCAGAGGAGGGAUGCAGCCCAGUGGGCAGUGUAGAGGCCAGGGCAGAUUCCCCUGGCCUCCAGCACUGUUUCUUCCAGCUGAGUGCUUUGGGCAUGGACCCCGUCAUUCUGCAGGGUGGAUUUUCAGCCUUCCACGCCCUUUACCCUUUCCUCUGCACACCACACAUGGUCCUGCUGGAGCCUGAGCGCCAAACCCUCACCAUCUACCCAUCAGAGAUCCUGGAAGGGGCUCUCUACCAGGGCUCAGCCUCCCAGGCCGCUGACUACCGCAUCAUCAAGAACCUACACAUCACACACGUGGUCAACGCCACAGCUGACUGCCCUGAUGUUUUCCCCAGCACCCUGCGCUACCUGAGGCUGCAUCUGAGUGACGACGCCCAGCAGGACCUGGUGGAAGCCCUGCCCCUGGCCUCCAGGUUCAUCAGCGCAGCGCUGAGGGGCGAGCCGGCUGGCCGUGUUCUGGUCCACUGCAGUCUGGGCCGGAGUCGCAGCUCGGCUCUGACACUGGCCUUCCUCAUGGAGCACCGGUGCUGGUCACUGCUGCAUGCUGUGCGCUGGCUGAAGGAGAGGAGGGCAUGCACAGCGCCCAAUGUGAACUUCCUACGGCAGCUGCUGAGCUAUGAGGAGCAGCUGUUCGGGAGCAGACUCACCUCCCUGGACGACAUCCGACUGUGA